AUGGUCAAGCUUACCGAAGUCGAGGACGAGCACUUCUCCGAGAAGCCCCAAGCCACAAAGAACGACGCUCUCUUGGUUUCCGAUGAUGAGGACGACUACUCUGAUACCGACUCCGAGAUCUCCGACGACGAUGACGUUGAGCUCGAGAGCGAGUCUCUCUACGAGCGUAUCGCCGCUCUGAAAGACAUCAUCCCUCCCUCCACCCGUCGCACUGUCUCCAACUCUGUCUCCUCCGUCACAAACCUCACCAAGGCCACCUUUUCAUUCAGCGGAAAGGCCCUCUGGGUUAUCAGCACCAGCGCUUUCCUGCUCGGUGUGCCGUUCGCUCUCGCUUACGCCGAGGAGGAGCAGUACAUCCAGAUGGAGCGUGAGCAGGGAAUGAUUAAGGGAGCCAACGAGAUGCUCACCCCCGGUGUUGAGACCGAGAAGCAGGCCCAACCCACUCUGUAA